AUGUUCAUCUCGGAUACGCCUAAAUUCAUCUCUGGCGCGCUUUCGGCGCUCUCGGUGAUGAUCAAUAUCGACUUACCACACGUUAAUGUCCUCACGAAAUGCGAUCUCGUGGCGUCUUCGGAAGAUCGGUUGGAGGAGUUCCUCGAGUGUGACACGACGGACUUGUGUUUGAAGAUUCAGGAGGGCAUCAGUGAGAAGAUGAAGAACCUCACCAUUAAAAUGGCUGAACUUUUACAAGAGUAA